AUGGGUAUGCUAUGGGUGAUUUUGUUUACGGCCUUAACGGGCCUGCAUUUGGUACAAGGGUUACCUGUGAGGCCAACGCCGCAAGUCUACCCUCACGGUUCAAAUGAAGCUGCAGUCUUCCAAUGGGGUUCACAGGGCUUGUACGCAUUGCCAGCGCUGGCGCUGGUGCUCACUGCUAUUGGUCUACUGUUUGGUUGUACAUGGUGUUACAGGCAUAAAGAUUGCAAGCCGAACGAAGGAGCAGACAAUCAGUUGUUCACGGCGAGCGCGAGUCACAUCCAAGAUGUGCGUCGCGUGCAGCCCGACACGGGCUUCGCGGAGCCGGCCAACAACAACAUCAGCGAGGACAACAACAACGGGCCAAUUUCGCUGCGCGAGAUGCAGAAUAUCGCCAACAACAAUGCUGCGGCGUACAUCGUCAGCGAGAACGAGGAGCGCAACAGAAUUAGCCGCGAGUCUGUCGUCGAGUUCGAGCCCCUGCCGGUCGAGCUGCGGGUAGUUGAUCCGCUGGAGAGGUGUGCCGACUGGUUCGGUGAUGAAGAUUUUCCUAGGAACCGAUUGCAGUAUCUGCGCGAGAUAGGAAGAGGAUGGUUUGGCAGGGUGGUAGAGGGAGAAUUAGAAGGGAACACGUCCGGCACGGUCGCCGUAAAAAUACUUAACCAGAAUGCCAAUUUAGAGGAAAAGGCGCGGUUUCUGGACGAGGCCAAGAUAUACCGUAACGCGAGACACGAAAAUAUCCUCGCGUAUGUAGCCAAGUGUCUACAGGAGGAUCCAUGGAUAUUGCUGUUUGAGCUGUGCUCUAUGGACUUACAACAGUACCUGAUACUAAACCGUCCCAAGAUGGCGAUACUCAACGAGAGCGGCGUGCCAUUACAGCUCAUGUGUGACGUCACGUCCGCACUCGCCUAUCUGCACUCGCGGGGAAUUUUGUAUGGGGCGGUGUGGAGCGGCGCAGUGCUGGUGCGCGGCGGCGACGCGAGCGCGCGCGCCGUGCUGGGCCGGUACGCGCCGCACGAGCGCACCGCGCACCCCGCGCACCCCGCACACCCCGCGCCCGAGGCCCGCCGCCAGCCGCCUGAACACACGAGCAAAAGUGAAGUGUGGUCUCUGGGCAGUUUAAUUUGGGAAAUCUGUGCGUGGGGCUCGCAGCCGCCCGCUCCACCUCCGCCAUUGCCCGACUUGCCUUGUCCCUACCGCACACAUCUAUAUCAAGUAAUGCAACUAUGUUGGAACCCUAACCCCGAUGGUCGACCUUCGGCCGCUCAAGUUCACGCCUUGCUAAAUCACCUGCACAGUACACAUAUACACAGCGAAACGGCGCAAGACGACGGUUAUGGAAGCAGCGAUUUUGAGGAGCGAUGGCAAAGACUCAAGCCUAACACAAUUCCUAAAAUAGACGAACACGUAGCUAUAGUCCACGCACCGUCCACGUCGAUGACAUCACAUUUCACAGGAUCCGACCAAGAAUUUGAUAGCGCUCCCACUAUGCAGGAUACGCUCAGCGUCGAUUUAGACACGGCUGUCUCCCGAUCUAGUAGCAUAAUGUCUGACAAAGACUCACUACCUAUUCAAAUGAAAUCGGCAAGCCUGAAUAAUCUGCACGGGUCGCUAGAUGAUGUUAGAAACAUCUAUCUAACGCAUAACGAGACUGCUGCAAUCGAAUGCCAUCAAGGAAACGUAAGCCUCGAUGAUACUAAAGAUAAGGAUAAUGAUCACUCAGACAGUUCGAUGGAUCCGUGGUUGAAGGAUAUUAUCACAGGAAGCCAAGACGAUGUUAGUUACUACAAGGAUGUGAGUGACGUCAUUAAGAAUCUCGAUAAUAUAUUAAAUUCAGAAAAGACUUCUAGCUCUGAAUCCAGUCAUCAAGCAAGCCCUUCGAGAGAUAACUUAAGCUUGGAAUGUAAAAAAGAUUAUCCUGUGCAAAAAAGUAUGGUUAAGUCGCCAGGGAUUAGUAAUUUCCAAAACAUUCUAGAAAUAGGAUUUGAUACCGAAGCCCAACAAAAUGAGGCCUGUGAAGACGAUGAUGUAGAUCGCGAUACUAUCGGUACUCUGAGCCACUCUUUUGAACGGCAUAGUGAUUCAAUCAGCCAACAUACUCUAGAAAAUUUAACGCCCGAAACACCCAUAAAAGAUUUUGAUGUUAUAAAAGGAAUUGAAGUUGAACCUGAAUCCACGCAUAAGCAUGUAAAUAAACAGGAUAACAUUAUAGUUGAUAUAAAGAAGCAUAGUGAAUUGCCAAAUGAUAAUAAAGUAGAUCAUAGUAUAAGUCACAUACCCAUGUUGAAGGAAUUAUGUGAAGCCGCAAUGCCUAGUUUUAGUGAAACUGUUGAUCAACAACUGAAUGUUAGAGAAGACUGUCAUACACCAUGUGAUAAUAAGUUAACUGAUGUUAAAAUUGAUUUGAAUGAUGUUGGAAGUAAUACAGUAGAUGAUAUAACAAUACUUGUAGAAUCUGAGGAGAAAUCUAACACAGAAUCUGCGACUCUGGCAUUAAUAACUGAAAUGGAAUCGACACAAAAAAUUGAUAGUGAGAUACAAAAUCAAAAGUCCAAUGAUCAAAUCUUGCCCGAAUCAGAAAAGAAAGUAGUAACAGUAACAAACAAAGAAGAUGUUACUGCUCUAGUCAUUAAUGAUAUGUGUAACGAAAGUAAAAAAGAAGAAAUAAGAUUCGAUCAUUCAAUUCACGAAAAAUUUAAUAUUGAUUUUGAAGUUGAAGAAAAUAAUGGAGAAAAUGCUCUCAUAAAUAUAGAAAUUUCACCGAAGACUGCGAUUCGUACUACAGAAGAAUGUAGCACUGUCGGUUGUGAACCAAUGUAUGACAAAUUACAACCAGCAUUUAAAUCUAAAGAGACACCUGAAAUAGUACAAAAUUUAGUUGAUAGCACUAAUUUUCAAAUUGAUAAUGCUAAUUCUGUAAGUAAUGAAAUAGAAAAUAUAGAACGAACACAAGCUGAACAGACUUUUUCACCUGAACUAGUACAAAAUAAUAGUAAGGAAUUUGUGUUUAAUGAUGAUGCACAACUAGAAGAGAACGUCAAUGAUGUAACUGUUAAAACUAAUGAUAUUAAGCCGCUUAGAUCUGAUAUUAAUGUAAAAGUUAUAGAUAAUGUAGUCAAAGACUCCCAGAGUGACAGCACUGUUUAUAUGGAUCUCACUAAUGAUACAAAUGAAGAGUUUUGUAAAGACAAUGAUAUUUAUAGCGCGAACGAUGUUCCAACAUAUUUUGAAUCUUCUAAAGAUGAAAACGAGACGGAUAAUGGUAGUGAUAUAUUCAAAAAUGAAUCAACGGCAUACUUAGAUCUGCCUAGUGUAAUUAAAGAGACAGAUAGUUUUCUUCAUUCGGAAAGAGUUCUCUGUAGUCAGACUACACAAUUUAAAGAUCUAAUAUCUAGCACUCCCAAAGGUAGCGAUAGUUCCGUUGAUGAAUUAGAAACUUCUACAAUUGAGAAUGAAUACGAUGUAUUGUCAGAAACAAAGGUACCUGAAUGCGAUCCGGGUGUGACGUUAACUAAAUUAGAGCAAAUAUGUGUUCCAGAUAAUUUAAGUCCAUUAGAAUCGCCCACCAAAAGCCACCACACCGAUACUUACGAUGAAAAUAGUUCAGUAGUUUUAGGACCGUUUGAAAACUGCACUUUAGAGUUAUUCAAAGCUGUGAAAUCAGAAAUUGUGGAUUUUCCAAAAGAAGAGCUCUUAGCAUUUUCUUCUAAUUUCAGCGAAAUAGAUCUCGAAACUCCGUCACCCCUACGCGACGGUAACUUUCUGAACGAAGUGCCUGACAUCGUCCAUGAUGAUUUGCAUUUUGACGAUGUUGUAACUGUGAGUGAAGCUAAACCGGAUAUUUCAGAAGGUCAGAGUGAUAAUACCGAAAAUACAGAAGAGAAAUCAAAUACUGAAAAACAUAUAUCACCUUCAACUCCACCUAACUCACCUGGCGUUUUCCUUGCGUCAACAUCACAGCAAAAGUACUUAGUCGAUAUCGAUUUGAGCACGCCUAACGAAAGCGUUCCACACGCGUCAGCUUCCAUAAUUACGGAUCCAGUAGCUCCUCAACCAUCAGAUUCAGGUCUGAGCUCUUUGCAGAAAGAGAUUGAUUUGAAUCAAAUAGAACUGCAAAUCACAACAAAACUGGCAAUGGCGGAGAACGAAAACAAUUUGAACAUAGAAUAUUCUGGACCAUUGACAGUUGAAGGUUUCGUAACAGAGGACGAGAUGCUGAUGCGUGAGAGCGACGCCAUACCGGAAUCUUACCUUGCCGGUAAUGGAAGGACGUUAGAAGAUUUUAGAGAUCUAACUCUGGAUGAAGAGUGUGUGCAGGCUUUAAGAAAUGAAUUGGAAUUGAAGCUGCCAUUAGCUCAGGUGGCGGGCAUCGAGCCAGCGGGGGACACGAGUGGGGAGGAGGAGGUGGCGGUGGGCGAGGGGGGUGAGGCGGCGGUCGCGAGUGCGUGGGGCGGCGAGCUGCCCCCGCCGCCCGAGCUGCUGCUGUCGUACCCGCCCGCGCUCAGCCCCAUCGCCGAGGAGACCGGCCAGCAGCUCUCCGCGUACGAGAACGACACCAACUGGAACCUAUCGAACAGAACGGAGUCUUCGGAAAGUUAUCCAGAGCCGUGCAACAACUCAACUGACGAGGUCACGGACCUGCCGACGGGUGUUCAGAGCGGACCUCAUGAACACUCCACAUAUACUAUUCAGUCCCGAGAGAACUCGCUCAAUAACACUUACACCGUGCAAAGAGAAAUCGGCAGCAGUAAAGAAAUAACAAUGAGUGCCGACAGCUUAAACGCCAGCCCAUUCAAAAAGCUUAAAGACGAACCCCUAUCGCCAAUUGAUGACAAGACCUAUAACAAGAACGACGAUGAAAGACUUUCGAAUUGUGAGAGACUAUCACAGGUGUCUCCAUUCCUACUGAGUCCAACGACCGAUACAUCAGCGCCCGAGAACUCCGACAAUAACGCGGGUUGUUCGACGUUGUCUAAACCCACCGUACCGACGGAUGCUAAAUCAUCGAAGCCAUCCGAAACUCAAUGCUUAUCCAAAGCCACAAGUAUAGAUUCGUGGUGUUCAAACGAUACUCUUUACAAUGUUGAAGAGAAUUUCGACGAUCUUGCAAUGGAUCCCGACAUGCCCUUGGACUUCGAACUAAACCACGAACCCCAGAAAGACGAUAAGACGAGCGAAAGCACAGAUACGCUAACUCACAACGAAGACGAAAAGGAAUUGAGCCAUUGCUCAACUUACAUAAUUCAUGAUAGUAAGUCCGACAUGUGUGAAACGUUUUCACCCGAUUCGAUUACAGCCAACGACAAUAAUACGUACACGAAAGCGAAAACGGAAGCGGCGGGAACAACUCCCUCUGUCAACACGAAGUCAGAAUUAAAUGAUUCGACUAAAAACACGCAAACUAAAGAUUUAGCUUAUGGCACACUUUUGUCCGGAUUGCCUUCGAAUUCCAAUUGUACUACAGAAGUGCUUUCAAUUGCUGACGAGGUUUGGAAGCUAACACAACCGGAGUUAGUGAGAAGAUCGCCAAUUAGAGAUGACUUUGACUUCACACCACCAAACCCUGUUGCGGAUAAAGAAUGUUCAGAAGAAAGUAGCCCAAAAACAAAAGAACCGAAAGUCAAUAGAAUGGACAGUGUAGAAGUUACCUGUCUGAAAGAUAAUUCUGAUAGUGAAAUCAAAUCUGAAUCUGAAAGUCAAGGAUUGUUAGUAGAAGUUAAUGACAGCCAGGACUAUCAUUACAGAAAUAUGGCUCAUUCUGUCACGAGCACGCCUUUAACAGAUAUUGAAGUAGGAAACGAUAAUAUUGAAUGUAUACCUAUUAAACUACCCGAAAUUACAAUUGAGAAUUCGGAAUAUCUCAUGAAUAAUUUGCCAAAUUUACAAUCAUUCCUCCAAUCAGCCGAGAUUCGGCCUCAAGAUAUUUCCUCGAACAUGAGUAAUGAAGUAAGCUCUAAUCAGGAUACUGAAAUAUUAUUGGAAGGCGAAAGCAAAAGUCUAAGCCGAAAUAGCAACAAAGAUAGUUUUGCAAUUUGCGAUCGAACACCGACUUAUGCUGAUUUUGAAAAUUCCGCAACAACGAAACCCCAAGAUCUACAGUCCAGAGAAAAAUCUACAAGCUUUGAAAGUAGCACAAACUCAGAUUUUCGUGGUUUUGAAAACUCUGUACUCAAUCGCCCACAGGAUUUAUCAUCUUUAAUUGAUGCCAGUUCUUUAUUACUGAAAAGCGAAAGGCGUUCGAGUGAGCUUGCUAUGGAAUGCACGAACAAUUUUGAUCGAACAAAUCAAUCAGGAAAUUUAGUUAACAAUGUUGAUACUCAAUCUUUAGUUAUAAGUCCGCCUAGUACUAUUAAUUUAAAUGAAUCUCAUAUUAAGGAUAUCAAUAGAUCUAUUGAUGUAUUUAUAACAGAUUUAGAUAUAGAAGAAGAGACAGAACAACCUCAUUCUAUUAUAAUUACUGAAAGUCCCUUGUUAAUAAGUAAAAGUCAGAGUCCAAAUAUUACUUAUGACUCUCAUACAGGGAAUAUGACGUAUAAUUCACACGAGGGAUCACUUCAACCGCCUAAUAAAGAAAAUACACAUAAAACAGUUACAGGUUCGCCUAAAGUUAAUGGAGGAGAGACACAUAUAACACCAAAUGAACACAAGCAAUCCUCAGAGCCGGAUAUUAGUAAUGAUAUUACUGGUGAUAUUGAACCGAAAACCGCUUUUUCCCUUAUGGAUCACCAAACAGUAAAAUCUGAUUCAUCACAAGAAAGGGUUAAAAGGGACAUUCAGGAUAUUAAAUGUAAUGGGGAUAGUCAAAAGUAUGCCACUGUUAGCUUCUUAAAUGAAUCGUUCGAAGAACUUUUAGAAAGUAAUGUAGAUGAUAAUGAUGGUAGGGACUUUGAAGUUGAUUUAGUUAAGAAGGAACAACAAGAUCUUGACAGUAACACCGAAACAGCUGGUGCUUCUCUAAAAGAUAAAGUUUCAGAGGCACAGCAAGAACAUACAUCUGAGCACAUAUAUGAAACUAUAAAGCAAGAUGAACAAGUGAUAAAUGGUAUUUCAGAUGUAGAGGAUGAAAAGAUAACGUCAGUCACUGAUAACUUUUUGCAAAAUGAAAAGAAAUUCUGUCAGCUAGAUUCUUAUUUGCCUCUGCUGAGUGAUAUAAGAUUCACUGGUCCAGGCACAGAAACAAUGAGCACAGCAUUUAACCAAGAGUCGCCUACGGAACCAACCUCGCCAGCGUGUGAGCAGGACAGCAAACCGGACACUGCAACAGAAAUACUGAAAGAAUGGGAGAGUGAUAGUGACUCUCACUCCACUAAUUCUUCCAGCGGAGAGUUUAUUUGGAAGGACGGCGACGGCCACGAGACCUCCGUCGUGCCUUCCUCGCAUUUCGACCACCAACGCGAAGGCGGGUCGCAAGCGAACGAGCGUCCCGAGUUGUCCGGCUCGGCGGGGAACGCUUCGUCGGGGUCGGAGGGCUCCGAGGGCUCCGAGGGGGACGAGGUGGAGUUCGUGCCCUCCUCCUGGGACUGUCGCGCGGCCCCCGCCAAGUCUUCACUACGCAGCCUCGAACAAGCUGCGCCGGACAACAAGAAACGCGUCGUUUUCAAACGUCAGAAGUACCACUGCGUGUACGAAUAUCCACGCGAGGUAGCCGACGUGGACGCGGAGUCGCCAUCCUUCUUGCCUGAUUUCUCAACUUAUUCCGAGUGGGAUCCAACAAGUGCGGCGGAUGCAGAAAUUGGCUACGGUCAGCUUUUCGGAGCGCCAAAUCCGCUGAAUUUGUUCCCACGAUGGCACGGCCCCGGGGCAGAUUACGAUGAGGACUUCUUCAUAUCAUCAUCGGCGCGUCCAUUCGAGAGUCUCGGCGUGAUGUCGACCACGAGCCAAUUCUUUCCCGGAAUGCACGUCAAACCUUCGCUACUAGAACGAGACAUAGACGACCUGGACGAUUUUCCCCCACCACCCUCCCCACUCCCACCAACAACACUCGUGCAGACGAGAACACCAUCUUUAGACUUCACCACGCCCGACUCUGGUGUCGAAGACAUCACACCCGGAUCCACUAGCACAGAAGACGAUUUCAAGACGAAAAAGGUGACUGAUAAUGAAACCUGUUGGAGACCAGUCGAUAGCGCCAGUUCUAGUGAGUCCGUUAGCCCCAGUUCUCCUGGAGUUGAAGCCCUAGGUGGUCUUAGACACACGCGGGACAAAUUGAAACUGGAUCUACCUCCGAGUCCACAUAUACCAUCUCCUCGACACAACAGGGUGUUUAACUUCGUACUAGAUAAACCGAAGAGGCGGAGUCAAGAGGAACGAACUGAAAUCGGAACGACGCCUUUGGUGAUGACGGACGAAACGCCAAUAAUCACCACGUCACUGCCUCUCCAAAAGGAAUCUGAUGAUGUCAUACCGGAACCAACUUUUUCAACAUUUGGAAAAUGUGCAUCGAAGAAUACUGAACCGGAACAGAAGGCCAUGAUAUUAACAGAUGAUGUUGAAGACUCUGAGAUAAAAGAAGAGGGUUCAAAUCAAAAGGUAGAGCCUGUUAAAGGAGAAGGUACUGUCCUGGACAGUGGAGACGAGGACUCUGGCAUUGAAAGCAGUUCAAAGGCAACGCUUGAAAGAAAUAAAAGUACUCCAAACAUCUCACAAGUAGAACAAAAUGACAAUUUUUAG